AUAACACCAAUUGUUCUUCAUGGCUGGAGACGCAGAAUCAGUGACGAAGGAUGGCGGCAACGUCGUCGACCACAACUCACCAUAUUAUCUUCACCCAUCCGAUUACCCUAGACAAAUGCAAGUGAAUGAUGCAUUGUCAGACAAAAACUAUGCGGAUUGGGUGCAAGAGAUGGAGAAUUUUUUGUUUGCAAAAAAUAAAAUCGGAUUCGUUGACGGAUCUAUCAAGAAACCGGACAAGUCUUCCAAGGAUUACAUGGCUUGGAUGAGGGUGGAUGCGAUGAUCAAAGGAUGGCUUACCACCGCAAUGGAGAAGGAAAUACGAAGCAGCGUGAAAUACGCUAACACGACGUCGGACAUGUGGAUAGAUCUUCGUGAAAGAUUCGGAAAGGAGAGUGCGCCAAGGGCGUAUGAAUUGAAAAAUAAAAUCGUUGCUUCACAUCAGAAUGGUGCCACUGUUUCAGCCUACUACACAAAGCUCCGUUCUCUUUGGGAUGAGAUUCAAUCGGUUUUUCCUAUCCCACGUUGCAUAUGUAAUGGGUGCACGUGCGACAUCGGUAAACGACUUGUUGAGCAUCAAGAGAAAGAGAAACUGUAUGAGUUUCUCAUGGGGCUUGACAGUGAGUUCGGGGUUAUUAAAACCCAGAUCCUUGCCACCAAACCAACACCGGUUCUCGGAACCGCCUACCACCUCGUUGCAGAAGAUGAACGACAAAGAAUGAUAACCGAGGAGAAGAAACCCACUAUGGAAGCCGCUGCGUUUAAAGCCUUUGUCCCACAAAAACGAGAGAGCUCCUCCUCAAAUCAACAAAAAGUGAAGACACAUCCAAAAGCAACGAAGCGAGAGGAAGAGGUGCAACACUGCACCUUUUGUGAUCGAGAUGGACACAAUUGGGACGGUUGUUUCAAACUGGUUGGCUAUCCCGACUGGUGGCCAGGAAAAGCGAAGAUAGAUAAAGGCAAGCCGAAGGCUUCACGCAUUGAGGGUGGGUCGAGCCCCAUUCCGGGUCUCUCCGUGGAACAAUACAACGCAUUCUUGAAGCACUUCGAGCAUGGUGUCACUACAGGUGGUGAAGAGAUCAAACGUGUUGCUAACAUGACAGGGGCUUCGUUCGAGGAUCUUGAUUGGUGCGGGUGAGUGCAAAAGGGGUCUGUACCGAAUGGGAAUCUUUGGAGAAGGAAGGAAGGCUAUGGCGGUUACUGUUGAAAGAUGGCACAAGAGGUUGGGUCAUACAUCUCAAGAGAAACUUGCUAAAGUUGACUUUCUCAAAGGUGUUUCUUUUAAUAUUAGAGAUAAUGUUUGUGAUUCUUGUUCCAAGGCAAAACAUACAAGGUCAUCUUUUCCUUUGAGUGAAAUUAAAACAAAAGGUUGUUUUGAAUUAA